AUGGCCGCUGCGGGCGCUGACGCAGUGCCUGGUGCCCGUGCUGAAGAGAAUCGAGCGGAGAUCGCCGCACUGAGGCAGGAGAUUUCUUCGUUGCUGACGACCAAUGGACGUUUGCAUCAACAUUUGGGCCAGCUGAAUGGCUACUUUCCAGCUGAUGCUCAUACCGCUCCACGUGUCCAAGGCGAAGAACGCGCGGAGCCUGUGACGGUCUCACCGCCCCGCCAAAGCAAUCCCAAUCCGCCACUGGGUCAGCCGCCGGGGACGACGCCCACUUCUGCUGCGCUAGCGGCCAUGCUGCGGGAACGGGACGAUCUGCAGCAAAGACUGCAAACGACAGAGCUCGCGCGUUGUGCUGCUCAACAGCGCCGGUCCACCGCAGAGGCCGCGUUGCAGCGGGCUUCCGACGAUUUGGACCGGCAAAAGAAGCUGGUGGCCUCAUAUGCAGCAGAAAAGGAACAAUCGGCUAGUGAAGCGGAAGGCCUGCGGCAACAGUUGCGCGAGGCCCAUGAGAAGCUCGCCCAGCUUGACACUGCCUUGACAACGAGGAGCGAACGUGUCCGGGCCAACGAGCGUGAGUAUGCGGAGCUCCGAGUCGAGUACGAUGGCCUGGCGGCAGCGAAUGAAGCCAUCCGAAAGGAGCUGGCGACGACCCGCAGCCGCAUCGCAUCGGAGCAGCAAGGCACCGGUGACCGGCAGCCGGACCUGGAGAAGUGGGAAACGCGUAGAGAGUCUUAG